AAGGUGCACUUGUCUUGCACCUCAUCGGAUGGUUGGCUGGACAAAAAACAGAGACAGCAACCUUUCGGAGAUCUCAAGGGACUUCUGACUCUCUUUCUCUUCCUUCUCCUAAGCCAACGUCGAUGUUUCCUAAGUCCCUUUAAUGCUCAAUAACCUUCUUUGUUUUUUCACUGACCCUUUUAACCCUUCUAAUCCAACAACCAAAAUCCCAAAGGCCCCUCACAAAUUAAGCUCACGAGAAUGGCGGCUUUCUCUUCGGCGGCUCACUGUUGCCGUUCUUAUUCAUCAUCCUUCAUACCCUCUUCUUCUUCUUCUUCUUCUUCUUCUUCAUCGUCUCCUUCUUUGCACGGUCAAUUUCAGUGCAUUGCUGUAUAUUCGACUUCUAGACGUUUUAUUGCUGCUAAAGUUUCUCUGCAAUCUCAAUCUCUUUCGCAUGACAAUGUAGUCCGCACGCAAGACGUUGGUUUAGACGCUGCAGUGGCUACAACAGUAAGUCCCAUUGAAAAUGAAACCCCUUUCAAGAAAUUCAAGGAUGGGUUGGUUUCUGUUACUUCUUUGGAAGAACAAAAAGAAGCAGCUGGGAUUGAUGCGUAUGGAAAUGAAUCCACUGUUAGUAUUACUGUUGUUGGAGCCUCUGGAGACCUUGCAAAAAAGAAAAUAUUCCCUGCACUUUUUGCGCUUUAUUAUGAGGGUUUCCUCCCUAAGCACUUCACUGUGUAUGGUUAUGCUCGAAGUAAGAUGACUGAUGCAGAACUUAGGAACAUGGUUAGCAGGACUCUUACUUGUAGAAUUGAUCAAAGAGAAAAUUGUGGUGAAAAGAUGGAACAAUUUCUUAAAAGAUGUUUCUACCAUUCUGGUCAGUAUGAUACACAGGAAAACUUUGCCGAGCUUGACAAGAAACUAAAGGAACAUGAGGCUGGGAGGGUUUCAAAUCGUCUGUUCUAUCUGUCUAUUCCUCCAAACAUAUUCAUAGAUGCAGUAAGGUGUGCAAGCUUGUCUGCAUCCUCAGGUAAUGGCUGGACUAGAGUUAUUGUCGAGAAGCCCUUUGGUCGAGACUCAGAAUCCUCUGCUGCUUUGACCAAAGCCCUCAAACAGUACCUAGCAGAAGAUCAAAUAUUCAGGAUAGACCAUUAUCUGGGAAAGGAGUUAGUAGAGAAUUUAUCGGUUCUCCGCUUCUCUAACCUUAUUUUUGAACCCUUGUGGUCGAGGCAGUAUAUAAGGAAUGUGCAAUUAAUAUUCUCUGAAGAUUUUGGUACUGAAGGUCGUGGAGGGUAUUUUGACAAUUAUGGGAUAAUAAGAGACAUCAUGCAGAAUCACCUGCUUCAGAUACUAGCCCUCUUUGCAAUGGAAACCCCUGUCAGCUUGGAUGCAGAAGAUAUCAGAAAUGAGAAGGUGAAAGUUUUACGAUCAAUGAGGCCAUUGCAACUUGAAAAUAUGGUUGUAGGACAAUACAAAAGCCAUACAAAGGGAGGUGUCACUUACCCAGCUUAUACAGAUGACAAGACUGUACCCAAGGGCAGCUUAACUCCUACAUUUGCAGCAGCUGCCCUCUUUAUUGAUAAUGCAAGAUGGGAUGGGGUACCUUUUUUGAUGAAGGCUGGCAAAGCGUUGCAUAAUAAGAGUGCUGAGAUAAGGGUGCAGUUUAGGCAUGUUCCUGGCAAUUUAUAUAACAAAAAUUUUGGAACGGAUCUUGAUCAGGCUACAAACGAGCUUGUUAUCCGUGUACAGCCUGAUGAAGCUAUUUAUUUGAAGAUCAAUAACAAAGUUCCUGGGCUUGGAAUGAGACUGGACCGCAGUAAUCUUAACCUUCAUUAUGCAGCUAGAUACUCAAAGGAGAUUCCAGAUGCAUAUGAGAGGCUUCUGUUGGAUGCUAUUGAAGGUGAAAGGAGGCUCUUUAUCAGAAGUGAUGAACUUGAUGCAGCUUGGUCGCUGUUCACGCCAGUGUUAAAAGAGCUAGAAGAGAAGAAGAUAAUCCCCGAAUACUAUCCAUAUGGGAGCCGGGGCCCUGUAGGGGCCCAUUAUCUUGCGGCAAAGUACAAGGUCCGGUGGGGUGAUGUUGGUGCAGAACAAUGACUCUUCAGGGCUUCGCCAUUGAUUCCUGAGUUAGAUUAGGAGAAACAAACACAUUGUGAUUUUUUGUUUAUCCAUAAGGUUUCUAGUACCAGAUGAUAGAUGAAGAAAGGUCUCUGUUUCCUUAGAAAGACAGAGAUUAGUAGGGUUUAGCAAAAACAGAAAAAAAAAUCCAACAAAGGAGGAUUACAGUUCCUUUAUAAUGAUUCAAUGCACGCUCUGUGAUAAUUUAUUUUGUAUCGACUAUCAUAAUAUGCAAGUGCUGGAUUUUUUAACUGCUC